GGAAGUUUGACCUAUAUCAAAAUUUCUCGAAAACAAAAGAUAUUAUUUGUUGACAGAGGACUGAAAAAAUGUUUAAAAAAUAUGUCGAAUAAAGUAAUUUGGGACAGAAAGUUUCUCUAACAGACAUCGCAGUAAAAUGGCUGCGGGGAGAUUCUCCACAUCAAUCAAAGACGGUUCGGAUGCGGACUUUGAGUACACAUGUACGCCGUGUGGGGAAGACCAUAUAAGGGAGGAAGCUGUCAAGUACUGUCCAGAAUGUGAGGAGUAUCUGUGUACAAAAUGUACCAAUCAACAUGGCCGGAGAAAAGCUUUUAUUUCACAUAAGCUACUAGACAAAGACGCCAAAAAACGAGGGUCUGUGGUAACCAUAGCUACAAAAUGUCGUUACCAUCCAAACAGAGACAUUGAGAUGUACUGUGGAACCCAUGAUAUGGUCUAUUGUGCGAAAUGCAUAGCAAAGGAACAUAGGUCUUGUAAUGACGUUAGUGAAAUAGAAGACAUGUACACAUCUCUCGUUGACCAACAAGAAGUACAACGUUUACAGAUGCAGACGAGAAACAUUCAAGAGCGUCUUGUUGACAUUGAUAGGAAAACACAAAAAAACGUCGAGAACAUUGAAGAGCAAAGGGACGAUGAACUUGCCAAAAUCGAAGACAUUGAGAGGAGCUUGAUAGAACAUAUCCGUAAAUUAAAACAUGAAGCAAUUGCAACUCUUAACAAGGACUAUACUUUGGAGAAAGAAUACCUGAAGUAUAAUAUCAACAAGACGGUAAAUACAAAAAAGGAAAUUGAAACUGUAAGUAGUCAGUUGCAGACAUUUACCAGUAUGGAAGCAGGACAACAGUUUGUUCAGAUGAAACUGAUACAACAGACUGUAAAUGAUGCAGUAAAGUUAGUUGAAGAACGCGAGGCAGCAGGUAGUAAAAUUUUAUGUUUUACAGAAAAUACAGAUUUGAAGACCGCCAUUAUUGCAGCAACAUCUUUAGGACAUGUGAAUACAGUUACAGAAAAUGAACGUCAAGUUGCCCAAAGGAUAUAUAAGGCGAAAGCAAAGAAGGAGAUAAAUAUCAAAAUGCGAUACGACUGUUACAAUUGUUAUAUAUGUGAUGUAUGUCAGCUACAGGACGGUACGAUCAUACUGGCUGAUCACAAUAAUAUGAAGAUUAAGAGGCUUGAUAUUAAUUACAACAUAAAGGAUCACUGUGACCUAGGUACCCAUCCCAUGGGUAUCUGUUGUACUGGUCAGAAUGAAGUCGCUGUGAAAAUGAACAACAACAAGGUUCAGUUUAUAUCAGUCGGCAGUUCAUUGUCUAAGCUGAGAGAGAUAACUGUAGCAGGUGGAAGCUAUUGGGGAAUGGCUUACUGUGCUGGAGAGCUGUGGAUAUCUACCGGAAGUGGUGUCAAUGUCUACAGUACAUCCGGUAUUCUACUUCAAACUAUUAGUCAAGAUAUCUAUGGUCAGAAUAUAUUUAAAUCGCGUACUCAACAUAUUGCAGUCAGUAGGGAAACUGUUAUCGUAACAGACUACAGUGAUGGUGCCGUCUGUCUGGGAAGAGAUUGUACAGUACAAAGAGAACUGCGGGAUAAAAGGCUUGCCGAGACAACAGGUGUAUGUGUAUCUAGUGAUGGAACCAUAUUCCUGUCUGGAUUUCAUUCACACAAUAUUGUGAUGUUUGAUAAGAAUGGGAAAUGUCUCGGAGAGUUGGUAGCCAAAGACGCUGGUCUGAAGUAUCCAAUUGCGUUGCAUUAUGACGACAAAAGGACUUGUUUAAUCGCAACAUGUGCUGAUUCUGGUAACGUAAUUAGCUUUGACAUAUCCGAUUGAUUUUACUUAAUACUAUUCAUUUGUACUUUAUCAAUUUCAAAGCAACUCAGAGAUAUGCCUAAAGACAUCUAAAUAAAUAACUAAUUUUAAACUAAAGUUAUUUCUUGCAACUUAUCUGUAA